AGCCAAGACAAGAGCAGUGACAGAACACAGGUCUUGGUCGGAGCGUUGGUCGGAGCAGUGCUUGUUGUGUAUGUGGUCGAGUUCAGUUUCUCUAUGGCUUCAGAGCAGCAGAACUGUGCGAAUGAAAGUGAUGAUCCUGCGGUGACCGUGAAGGACGAGCCUGUUGACGAGGAGCUUGAUCACCUUCUUGACAGUGCACUGCAAGAUUUUGAGAAGCCUUCUAGUGACUCCGCCAAGGUGCAGCCAAAUGCGGCAGCAGAGCCAGUGCUGGGCACCGAGAGGCCGCAUCCAUGGACGGCCGAGUUUGACCAGUUUGCCGAUGUUAUGCAAGGCCUGCUGCAGGAAGACCCUCAGUUGCAGGAGCAGUUCAGUCGUAUCGCACAAAGCGCUAACCGAGCUGCAUCUGCUGCUUCAGAUGAGGAGUUUGCUGCCACGCUGAAUGAAACCUUGCGGAACAUCUCAGACACAGCCCUUGCCUUUGGGGACCCUCCAAGUGAAGACGAGCUUUCGCGCUUGGUUGGCUCGCUGGGACUUGAAGGAGGUGGUGGUGGCGGAGGGGACGGUCUGAUCUCGAUGAUGCAAGGCAUGAUGCAAAACCUGCUCUCCAAGGAUCUUCUCUAUCCAGCGCUGAGGGACAUUGUUGACAAGUACCCCGAUUGGCUGGCUGACAAGCGGUCUUCCCUAGCAGACGAGGAGUACGAGAGGUACAAUCGCCAGUUCGGUCUCAUGCGGCAAGUGUGCGAGGAAUUUGAGGCCGAGGGUGCCUCGGAUGGGGCCGAGGUCAAGCAGGCACGCUUUGAGCGCGUGCUCAGCCUCAUGCAGAAGAUGCAAGAGUGCGGGCAUCCACCUAAAGACCUGGUCGAAAUUGGACCUGACAUUGGCCUGGAUGGACGUGUUCCAGGGAUGCCCGAACAGUGUGCAGUCAUGUGACCUAUUUCAAGGAGGCGAGCGGCAGCUAGUGCAAUAUUCGUAUUCUCAGAGAAAUCUUUGUUGCGACGCACAAUUAAUUACCAGUUGGUAUUAUUUAUGUUGACUAAUGUUAAUGCCUCUAGUGGUAAUGGUGAAUGUUCAUUCCCACUCCAGUAAUUUUAGUGUGUACAUUCGUAGCGAAUAAAUUUUGUAUAUGUUCUUGAU